UAGAAGAACAAAAAUGAUGUUGUUUAUGAUGGCGCUUGUAUCUAUGAUGUCGGAAAUAGAAGCAGGGUGGAAAAAUAACUGGGAUCAGCCGCUGAACUUCCAAUGCUCUUCGGAGAGAGCCGCCAUCUACCAGGUUGUAUCAACACACCAUAACUAUUACGAAGACCGACGAUUUGACUUCAACUGUAGACAAGUUCUUUCUGUCUCUGGACCCGUAUCCUGUAGUUGGUCUGGGUAUGUCAAUAAUUUUGAUGCCUUGGUUCUUUAUACUUGUCCAACCGGAGGAUAUUUACAUGGCGUUUUCAGUGUUCAUGACAAUUACACAGAAGACAGAAGAUACAAAUUUAGAUGCUGCACCCCUAGAUCAGGAUAUCAACAUAAAAACUGCAAAUGGACCGACUGGGUUAACACCUGGGAUGAAACGUUUAAUUACUUUGCUCCAGAUGGUUAUGUCAUCAGAGGUGUGUUUAGCAUUCACAACAACUAUACUGAGGAUAGAAGAUUCAAGUUCGAGAUUUGUCAAGUUGCAAAACGUUAAACCGCAUCGAAGUCAGGAAUUCUUUGCUUUGUUAAACAGCAUUCUUGUUGUAACAAUAAAU